GGAAGGUAGGGGUGAGCUGAUGGGAGAAAUUUCAAUUUCUUCCCCGUUUGUUUCCACUUCCAGGAAAAGUUGCACCUGCAUGUCGUCCAUUUUGCGGGAGCGUUACGCUCUACCGCACACAAACGAUAAAUAUUCGAAUAUGGGAUCAAAUAAAAAAAGGACAGUAAUACUAAUACUAAUAACAAUAGUAAUAAUAAUAAUAAUAAUAAUAAUUAUAGUAAUAAUAAUAAUAAUAACAAUAAUAAUAUCAAUAAUAAUAUUAAUAAUAUUAUUAUAACAUAGUAAUAAUAUUGAUAAUAAUAGUAAAAAUUCUAAAGGUAAUACUUCACCGAACGUCUAAGUCACGACCUCACGGCUGAUAGUAGGAUUAAUCGAGCGGCUCCGCAGAACAAACAAUGACGAUCCAGCUUCGUGUUGUGGCACAGUGGCCGUGUCCUACACGCGACCUUGUAGGUGCCACUUGUAGUUGACUUCCACUCGCUCGAUCGUAUGAUGGUCCGUGCUGCUAGCGGGGUAACAGCGGUGCGGGAGAAUUAUUCUAGCUGAUAUAUCAGCUGCGUAUCGAAUCACUGGCGGGGUAGCCUGCCCCUACCAGUGUGCAGAUGUUUCUGCCGAUAUAUAACAGGCUAUUUUUAUCGCGCAGCACAAGAACUAAUCGACAAAAAAAACACCCGUACGAUAACUCGUGUAUUGUUAUUCUGUUCAUUUGCAAUAUAUAAUAAAAAUAAACCUGGAAUUUUAAUGUAGGGUAGGGAAAAUAUUCUAAACAGCUUUAGGAACCACCUGUGUAUUCAGACGAAAUACUCGAAAUAUGUUGGGUUAAACUCAAACAGUAGUAUAUCAAUCUGUUCGCUAUCGUUUUCUCUGUCAGAACUUGUUUUCAGAUUGUAAAACUAAGCAAUCAUCAAUCAAAAUUACCAAUCGGGGGACACUAUUCCAAUCACCCCGAACCUAUUUUAGGCAGUUUCCAUAUGUUUUGCAGGCGUUUUUUUUUUUUCAGCACCCGAAGUGGCUCCUGAAUGACUGCAAUAUAGGUCGAUUUGUUUCAAUUGUUAUUGUUCACCGAAUUCUUUGUGAUUAACGGUAUUUCUUAUAUUCGUAAGACAGCUAGACAAUCAAAGUUUUUGUUUCCAUAAUAGAAAUUGUCGAUAUUGAUCAAAAUGCAGGAGUUCGAGGCCUGUUUUCUUAGACUGAUUAAAAUAGGCGCUGCUGCUUAAGCCGUUCCCUACCCUAUACAAGAUCAAUCGGCAAUCAUAGAGUUUGCAAAUCAUAAUCAUAUGAAACAUAAUUUGCAUAACUCAAUCAUUCAUUUAUUUUCGGAUGGAUCAAGAGAAGAGAAUUCGGAUUAGAAGCAGAGUAGAGCUUUUUUGCUACAUGUCAUGGUAAAGGUCCAGGUGAUGCACUGGAAGGAGUUUGUGAAAAGGAUGCAAGAACAAUUCACAACAACGGCUUUACGCCUGAGAGAAGUCAAAAUAAGAUUCGAAGGUUCAGUGCGUCUUGAACUGUCCUACAGAUCAGACGUGUUUUCGGUUGCUUGUGGACUGGUAUUUGACUGCCUAUAGCUCCAAAGUUUGUGUUUUGUCAGUGUGCCUAUUAAAGACUACCUGAAAGUUAUUUCCCAUUAGUCUUUCUCAAGACUACCUACUGUUGAAUUUAACAUUUGUUUUAACUUUUUUCGUAUCACCUGAAAUGACUGGACGAAAAAAGAAACAACGCAUCGCUGCGGGGAGGAAAAGAGAGGCAUCUCUUUCUGACACUUCGAGUGUCUGUAGUGACAAUCCUUUUGAUAUUUUGCCUGAGCAAGAAGCUGGUGAAAUGGAAGUUAUUAGUAAUGAAACUAUACAAAAUGUAAAAUUUUUAAAAAGGAGAAAGUUCCACCUAUUGUGGUAACUAUCUCUUCUGAAUUCAAUAUUUUCAAAAAGGAACUUUAAACGUUUGUUUCUGAAGUUAAAGUAACCUAUCAAACUGGUCGUAGAGGCGAAUACCGCUUAUUAGCCGAUUCUAUUAAGGGUCGUAAUUGUCUUAUUCAGUAUUUAACCGAAAAGAUGUAUACAUUUUUUACAUAUGACACUAAGAGCGCCAAGCCGUUUAAGGUCGUAUUGAAAGGUCUCACCAACGAUCAAACCAUUGAUGAGAUCAAACUUACUUUAACAGAAUUACUUGGCAUAGCCCCUACCCAAGUAAUUCUAAUGAAACAAAAAUCACGAGGCGAAAACAGUCAGCGAACUGGAGCACAUGCUUUUUAUAACGUGCGUGUAAAGUGGGAAGUUUAUAGGAAGUUUGGCGGAGGUGAAAAGCAUAUCACCCAAUGCCGUAUUUGCCAACGUUAUGGCCAUGGUUCAAAGUUCUGUAACAUGGACCAAAAAUGCCUCAUUUGUGGAGACUCUUCUCAAAAAAAGGACACAUGUCCUGUGAAAGAAAGUAAAAAUUUUUGCUGUGCGAAUCGUAACGGCAACCAUAUGUCAAAUUUUUACCAAUGCCCAGUCCGUUUAGCAAUUGUUAAGGCAAGGCAAGGUAAACAAAUAUCAAUUUCCCAGUCAAAACAAACUUCAAAACAAAAUUCUCCAAGCGUACCAGUAACGCCCACUUCUUCUACUCCUUUGCAUACUCGUUUAACAUAUGCACAGGUUGCAGGUAGAUCGAACAUUCUACCGCCUAAUGUUGGUAGUUCGAAAAUGACCGUUAAUAUGGGAGGUAAGCAAAACACGGUAAUAGAUGAGGAAAAAAAAAGCAAAACACGGUGGAAAAAAAAUGUACACCUAUUACCCCAGCUAAUAUUGCUACCGAAAAUAUUUUUUUCUAAUGUCACCUGCCUGGGGCCUAUUAGGACAGGUAAACUGCCUUUCCUGCAACAGGCAAUAUUCGAACUCAUGAACGCCAUGUUGCAGGCAAAAUCAAUGUUUGAAGCCAUUCAAAUAGGUACAAAUUUUACAAUUAAAAUCGUUUUUAAUUUAAAAUUUAGCAAUGGUUUUAAAUAAACCGAUCAAAAUUUUAAAUUGGAAUGCUCGCUCAUUGAAGGCCAAUGAGAAUGAGCUUUUUAAUUUUUUAACAGUAAAUAAUGUGCAUAUUGCAAUUAUUACUGAAACAUUUUUGAAACCUACCAUCACAUUAAAAUAUGAUCCCAAUUACGUGGUUCAUAGAUAUGAUAGGAUUCAGGGUUCCGGCGGUGGAGUUGCAAUUGUUAUUCAUCGCCGAAUCAAACAUCGUGCUCUUCCCCAUCUUGAGACGAAAGUUAUUGAAACUUUGGGAAUUGAAGUUUAAACUGAAUUUGGGAUUUUAUUUAUUGCCGCAGCAUAUUUACCAUGCACACGCGAGCACAAAAAUUAUUUUAAAGGUGAUUUGCAAAAACUCACCAGAAAUCGUUCGGAUUUUUUUUAUAAUCGGCGAUUUUAACGCUGAACAUCGAUCAUGGAAUAAUUCUCAAAGUAAUUCCAAUGGCAAAAUUUUAUUCAAUGAUUGUUCUUCAGGAUACUAUUCUAUUUUGUCUCCGAAUAGUCCUACAUGCUUUUCUUCGGUAAGAAACCCAUCAACAAUUGAUUUGGUGUUAACAGAUCAAAGUCAUGUAUGUAGUGAUUUGAUCACACAUGCUGACUUUGAUUCUGACCAUCUUCCAAUAACUUUUUCUUUAUCACAUGAAUCAGUUUUAAACCUAUGAGCUCUGUUUUUAAUUAUAACAAGGCUAAUUGGGAAAGAUACAAAACUCAUAUUGAGAGAAAGUUCAAUAAUGAGCUUGAUUUGCAAAACGAAGUGAAUAUUGAUUCCGCUUUGGAAGCAUUAAAAUGUGCAAUUUUUGAUGCCAGGAAUUAUUCUGUUCCAAAGGCUCAAGUGAAAUUUGAUUCACCAAUAAUUGACGAAAAUCUUCAACUUCUAAUUCGUUUGAAAAAUGUCCGCAGACGUCAAUAUCAACGUUCUCGUGACCCUGUUUUUAAAACUAUUUAUAAAGAUGAAAGAGAUUAAACAUAGAUUUACUCUUCUGAGAAAUCAAAAUUUCGAGGCUAAAGUUGAAAAAUUGAAACCAUAUUCAAAACCCUUUUGGAGGCUGUCGGAGAUUCUUAAGAAACCUUCAAAGCCUAUUCCAGUUUUAAAAGAUGGUGAACGUUUUCUUGUAUCCAAUGAACAAAAGGCUCAAAGACUUGCUCAACAGUUUGAGAGUGUUCAUAACUCAAAUUUGAAUGUUGUGAGUCCAAUUGAAAAUGAGUCACACGUCAAUUUGAUUUAAUAUCUUCCCAGAAUUUUUUACCUGCAGAAACAAUUGAAACUAGCUUGAAUAAGAUUAAAUCAAUUAUUAAAAAUUUCAAAAAUAUGAAUGCACCUGGUGACGAUGGAAUCUUUAAUAUACUAAUCAAACAUCUCCCUGAGAGCACAAUGGAAUUUUUAGUGAACAUUUUCAAUUGCUACUUCAAAAUUGCAUUUUAUCCCAAAUUAUGGAAAAAUGCAAAAAUUACUCCCAUUUUAAAACCGGAUAGGAAUCCAGCUGAAGUUUCAAGUUAUCGACCAAUCAGUUUGCUUUCAUUAAAAAGUAAACUGUUUGAGAGAAUUAUUCUUAACAGAAUGAUGUCACACAUCAACUAAAAUUCAAUUUUUGCAGAUGAACAGUUUGGAUUUCGCCAGUGGCUUUCCACUACUCAUCAAUUGCUCAGAUACGAGCUAACAAAUCUGAAGGUUAUUCCACUGGAGCUGCUCUUUUAGACAUAGAAAAAGCCUUCGACAGUGUUUGGCAUAAUGGUUUGAUUGCGAAAUUUUCCAAUUUUCCUAAUCAAAAUUAAAAAAAAAAUAUCUUACUGAUCGAACUCUGCAGGUUGUCUUUCAGAAUUCAAAAUCUGAUAGAUUUUCUGUCAGAGCAGGUGUACCUCAAGGUUCAGUCUUGGGUCCAGUCCUGUACAACAUAUUCACUUCAGAUCUUCCUGAUUUGCCUCCAGGAUGCACAAAGUCAUUGUUCUGCGAUGACAUAAGCAUUUCCGUAAAAGGAAAAAGUCUUCGUGUCAUAUGCAGUCGAUUGCAGAAAAGUUCAGAUAUUUUUUCUUCCUACUCGCAAAAGUGGAAAAUCUCUCCCAAUGCUUCUAAAACUCAAAUGAUAAUUUUUCCGCAUAAGCCUAGGGCUUCUUUCCUCAAGCCAAACAAUAAUCACGUUGUCAAGAUGAAUGGGGUUAUUUUAAGUUGGUCUGACAAGGUUAAGUACUUGGGACUAAUUUACGAUAAAAAACUUAUUUUCAAAGAGCACAUUGAGAGUAUACAAGCCAAGUGCAUCAAAUAUACAUGAUGUUUAUAUCAUCUCAUCAACAGGAAUUCUAAACUUUGUUUUAAGAACAAACAAAUUUUAAGACCAGCAAUGCUUUAUGCUGUACCGAUCUGGUCAAGUUGCUGUUCAACAAGAAAGAAAACGAUCCAAAGGAUUCAGAAUAAAAUUCUGAAAAUGAUUUUGAAGCGUCCUCCUUGGUUUGGUACACUCGAAUUACAUAGACUUACUGGUGGUGAACCAUUAGAAGCUAUGUCAAAUAAAAUUAUUAACAAUUUUCGACAAAAUCAAUCUGGUUGCAAUUCUCUAUUGCUACGAUAAGCUCUCUUUAUAGCCAAUAAGUUAGCAAUUAAGUUAGUUAUAAGUUUACCUUUCCCUUUCUAACAAGUAGGUUCAAAUCCCUACUAACGAUAAGUCCUAAUUGCGAAAGCAAACAAAUCCUAACAAUUAAAAUUACAAAUUUUUAACCACCAUUUGUGAUUGGACAUACAUACUCAUUACUUACUAAUAUUUAUCAUAAAUACUUAAGCUACUAACAAAUCCCACCCUUAAAAAAAAAGAUUCGAAGGUUCGUUAUGAUUAUUUUUUGAGAAAAAUUAUAUUUUUUUUAUUAAGUACUGCGACCUUUUUUUUAUUUAGUACCUUGUGAUAUUGAAGAAAAUUUUCAAUUUCGGGAUUGCGAAAAUACCCAUGGUGGUAUUAGAUCAUUUUGGCUGGUUUCUGUAUUCCAGAAACCAGAUAAUUGGAACCUUGAAUUUAGACCUUUUAGGCAUUCAACCAUUCCUGCAAUAUCAACCAUUUUUGUGAAUUUUCGUGUCUCUAGCCACUACCUCAUUUUCAGAGACUUAAGGGGUUAUAUACCUUUUUGGUCGACAAAAGGGAGGGAAGUUUGAAUUUUUUUUAAGUGCAUAGCACCACUUUCAUUGCAUCAAAGUGGUAUUUUUCUGAAAGUACAGUUUAUCAACAACAAGAAAAUACGUUUGGUUUUGAGAUAUACCAAUUAAUACUGGAGUAAUGGCCGUUUCCCCGAAACGCUAUUUUUUUGCAGAGGCUUGCGGUGAUCCUCAGCGGAUCAACCGAAAUCAAAAAACUCAUAUUGUUUCAUUAGUUUAGAAGUGUGCCGGGUCCUUGAACGAUCGCUUUUAUGAGUAUUUUGUUUUCAGUGCAAACGGGAACGUUUUUCUCAAAAAAUGCACGUUUUGAGCGCAAAAAAUUUCAUUAAACAAAUUUUUGCGGCAAAAUGUAACUGUAUGUUUCAAAAAGCGAUCGUUCAAGGACCGGAGAAUUUUAAAACGAAAAUUAAAAAAAAAAGAUGAAGGAAAUCGGUUCAGUAGUUUUCCCCGCAAUCAGGAUCACGGCAAAGUCAUUUUCCGGAAAACACUAUUCCGAGAUAAUCGCGUGUAAAGUUUCAAGUUUAGCUUAUGCGGCCGUGGCGCGGUGCGUUGCAAAUCGCUCUAACUUUCUUCCUAUUGCUCAUAUCUUAUCAUAAUGUUCUCAAGAUGUUGUAUUUGAAGAUAAUGUAAUAAAAAUAUUUCCGGUUUUUUGAAAACUCAAAAGGUAUAUAACCCCUUAAUUAACUAAAGUUCAUAAGAAUGGUUGAGUAGCUAUAAUCUUUCUUUUCCCGGUUUGAGCUUUUGGAAUGCAUUGUUUUUUUCAUUUUGUCGACCAGUGUAAUCCACGAGGCUGUCCAAUUAUCUGGAUAUCGGUAAUCGCGAGUUUGAAACCGCCUGGGUGAGGAAACCAUUUUUCAAGCCCAAAGCAAGCAUAAGACAAAUAAAAACGGUACCAAAAAUAGCAAACAUUUGCUCCGCCUAAUACCUGCUUAAGUCACACCUUACCAAGAUUCUGCACCUUUGUCUGCCGAUGAUAUGAUCUGCACAGUAGUCUAACCAUGAAUGAUCAUUGAUUCAAAACGCUAAAACACUGUACUAGGGUAACGGGGGUAUUUUGGCCAGCUUUAGGAUGUGGUUGUGCAAUUUAUUGAAGAAACCUUUCUUUUUUCACAACAAAUAACGGUUUAAUCAUACCACUGUAUAAUACUAAAUGUCUGUUUUGGAAUAAAUCGUUCAACAAUGCAAUUUAUUGCAAAAAUAACCUAAAAUUAUCAAAAUUUCUACGGAGUGUUAAAAACAUAUUUUGGACCACCAAGUCACUAUUUUGGCCAGCCAACAAAACUGAUUUUGGCCCACCUCUUUGUUUUGAACCGUGCGAGGGAAAGUAUUUUAUAUUAUGUUAAUUUUUAAUCUAGAUAAUGAUCGAGCUUUUUAGAGUAGAAAUAGUGGAAAUGUGGAAUACAUCCGUAAUCUACGUGGACAAUCAAGACGAGGGGGAGUAGUUUGGAUUUUAGCACGAUUGCUUAAAGAAUUUGCAAAAAGAGAAUCUAAAAUUGCCAGAAAUCUGUGCCUAUAAAACUAUUAACCGAAAUUUUUUUGAAUCUUUGCUUCUGGAGAAACAACCAUAAUUUAAAUUUAACAAAUUAUAACAGUCUUUGAAUUCAGUUUAGUUCAGUUUCUUAUUUCCUCGUUGCUGUUUUUGCUUAUCUGUUCUUUUGUUCCUCAAUUUCUGUGCGAUUCUACAUUCGCGUUUCCUCUUUCGUUCAUCACCCUUUCUUUGCUUCUCUCCAGCUGCCUUUUUCUCCUCUUGAAGUGCCUUAUGAUAUUGAAGUCGUCGACCUGAGGUCAGAACAACAGGUCUUCUACGUUUGUAUUUCAUGUUGCCUUUUCGAUGUGGUGUUUCCGAAGACUCCAAAAACUCGGAGAGCAGGCUACUGUGAUGCUGAGAAUCAUCGUGCGAAUAACGAACAUAAUCAAUCGGUACAGAGUUGGUGUCCUUGGCGUAGAAUUCGGCUAACUUUUCAUCGUUUGGUUGAUUUGAACCUACCGCAGCUGUAUCGAUUUAAUUUUGAAGGAAUAAGGAACUCAGAGGCUCGAGCAGCUCAAAAACCCGAGAAAGUAUCAAGUCGUACUGCGAAUCAAAAUCGACAUCAUUGGUUCUAUACCUCUCUCGACGAUUGGGCCCCAUCAAAUGCAGAACUUCUUCAGCUUUCAAACGGAAUACCUGAAUUGUUUCUACCAAAUUAGAAACAGCUGAUGGUUUCACAUCGGAAUGGUCAUUUGAUGUAUAUAGCUGACCGUUUCCAUCCGUGGUUUCAUCUACCGAAUUUACAGCUGCAUUUCCAACAUCAGGCGGAGACUGGUUACAGCUUUCACCAGCUGAACUUGCAACUCUCAUGGGUUCCUGUGUUUUUUUACGACCAAGACAUUUAGAAUAAAUGACUCUGUUCUCGUCAAAUGGAAACAAACCGCAGCAUUUGGAUCCGUUUUCUAUUACCUUUUUGUCGCUGUCCUUCAGUGCCUCCUGAAGGAGCAGGAAAAAAAUUUUCGGUCUUCAAAUAUUUGUUGGGGUUUGGCAUUUUCAAUGAGUCAACAACACGUAUCCAUGCAGCCUUCAACGGUUCAAAAACCGCUACGUCGAUUGACUGGAGAAUUCUUGUACCGUUCGCGUACAGACAGACGAGAUGGAUUCCGAGUCUUCGGCAUUCAUCAGCUGUUUCCCAAGCGGUGUAAGGAGAGUGACCGUCUACGUAAUAGACAGCCGAUUGUGCAUCAUCUUUAACCAGUUGUGGAUGAAGGAUAUUUUUAACGUAUUUCAGAAAACAUGCCGCGGUCAUCCAUCCCGAGUCUGUUUUUCCUAUACCCCAAUCUGCGGGUACGCACCAAAUAACAUCCAAAGGAAAUUUCUUGUACCGUAAAACAACCAUUGGGGGUUACAACAUUCCAGCAGCAGAGCAGGCGAUCACCUUAUCUGCAGAUGGGUCAAGAUAGAAACUGGAUUCAUCGCCAUUCAGCACACACUUUGCCUUUCGUAGAAGAUGAUCAAUACUAUCCUCCACGGCCAUUCCAUAAACUUCCCGGAACCAAUUCCUCAAAUCCUGCUCAACAACAUUGGCACUUGCGCUGGUGACACUUUCCGCCUUCCGAGUUGCAAGAUCUUUGUGCCGCUUCAUAAAACUUAUAAACCACGAAUCACCUGGAUAGAAAUGAAAUAAGUAAGAAUCAUAAAAAAUGGAAAAAUCGUUGAAUUCGGUCAACUUACUUGGCCUACCGGUUUUGAAGUUGCCCUUUUCGGGAUUCUGUUCGAUAUAGCUUAAAACUCUGCUCAUCACACGGUACUUUGUAACCGGAAGUCCCUUCCGGGCCAUUUUUUUAAUCCUGCAUCUCUGCAUCCGCUUCUAAAGCAGUAGGUGGUCCUGUUUUGAUGCACAUUUCGAUCGAGGGACUCGGUUCCGUUAGCAGCGCUACGGACAGAGGCUCCUUGGCCAAUUUCGUGUAAACACCUGUUCACGUCAGCUUCAGAAUACCUCUUCUGCCGUGGAGGUUUUACAACUUUAGGCAUCUGAAAUCAAAAGGAUCAGGCUUAAAGCAGUUUUGUAGACAUUUGCAGCAAGUUUCAUAGCGUUCAUGAGCAAUAAAAUUAAAGGUAAUUACUAGGUAAUUAUUACCUGUAAAUUACCAGCUGCUGCUUUGUCCAACACGAACCGACCGUAUGGUAAAUAAAAACCUGUCAAUGCUUGGUUAGGUGGCAUCAAUGAAAUAUAUACAGGUACGGAAAAAACGGUUUAGUUGUGCUAGUGUAGUGCGAAAUUUUGUCGGAUUGAUUUCGGAGGUUUUUUUAUGCCUUUAUGAAAGGUUCAAGUAACCCGCAUGUAAAAAAAAAUUGUUAUCACUCGCUUGUUCAUGGACAUCUACUGCACAACCCAAAACCAUGUGUUGUUUGCAUAUAUUCCGCUGCUUAACAGCUCUAUAUAUUUUCUUCUGCCGUGCCUGUACAUAUUGUAUAUAAUCAUUGAGUUGGCAUGACCAAAAUAUGUUCGCUCUCAAUGAGCUCGAUCAUAUUCUGGCCAUGCUUUAAAUUACCACUUAAAUAAUUUUUUUCGCUUGUAAGAGUAUACAAACUAUUUCUGUUAUUAGCAUAUUGAUGAUAUUACAAUAUUCAAUUGUUUGAAAAGUAUACAUAAUGGUUACAUUAGCUCUUCGAAGUAAGCUUGAAUUUUACCUCUUUCUCUUGACUUUGGAUCGAAUCAGGUAUGAAUGUUCAUAUGUGUGAUUUAAUUUAAAAACUAAUGCUAUCUGGAGACAAUGUUUUCUGAAAACAAUGAUAAAAAACCUAAAUUAAUCCACCUAGCGGUCAGACUCAGCCUUUCUCGUUCAAACUUGUUAUUUGUAAAAAUAGAUUUAAAUGAAUGCUUAAAUUCAAUAUUGGGUUUCAUUGUUUGGGUUCAAAAAUAUUGAUGUUGUAAUUGGAGUAUAAAAUAUGAAAUUUGACGUAAUGUUAGUGCUUAAGAAAUAGCGAAAUAGAAGGAAUGACUCUUAAUUUCGAACAAUUUAAUCAUGAGCGAUACCGGAAACGUUCAGAUAGUAUUUGGUUUUUCUUUGAAAAAAACGCAUGAAAAUUACAAAGCUGUAUGAAAUCUUUAUUUGAGCCGAUAAUUUGGUUUAUGCCAUUUACUUUCUAAAGAUAAUUUCAUUCAAAUGUUGGCCACGGCUACGUUUUAAAUGGUUCAUACGAAAAGUCCAAUCUUGGGUCACUUUUUCGAGCAUUUCGGCUGGUAUCUCGCGAAUAACGCGUGUAAUGUUGUCAUUCAAGGCUGGAAUUGUUGUUAGCUUAUCCGCAUAGACAAAAGUCUUAACGUAGCCCCACAAAAAAUAAUCUAGCGGUGUUAAGCCGCAUGCUCUAGGCGGCCAAUUCACCGGUCCAUUUCGUGAGAUGAAUUGCUCACCGAACUCAUUCCGCAAUAUGACCAUUGAUUCGCGCGAUGUGUGGCACGUUGCACCGUCUUCCUGAAAUCAUAUGUGCACAAGACCCAGCUCUUCCAUUUCCGGCAAAAAAAAAUCAGAAAUCAUCGCGCGAUAGCGAGCGCCAUUGACCGUAACGUUGCGAUUUUGAUCAUCUUUGAAGAAGUACGGACCAAUGAUGCCUCCAGCGUGUAAACCGCACCAAACCGUGCAUUUUUCUGGGUGCAUUGGCGAUUCUUGUAUUGCCUCUGGUUGCUCUUCGAUCCGAAUGCGGCAAUUUUGCUUAUUAACAUACUCAUUUAACCAGAAAUGAGCUUCGUCACUGAACACAAUUUUUCGGUAAAAAUGCUCGAAAAACAUUUUUCACAGAGGACGCAUUUUGGUAAUAAAAUUUGAUUAUUUGUAAGCGUUGUUCAGGCGUAAGUCUGUUCAUAGUGAAAUGGCAAACCAAACUGAGUACAUUAGACUUUGAUAGCUGUCAGAAUUCCCGUGUGAACUGUCAAAUCUGAAUACACGAAAAACCGAAUAGCAAAAAUAUCACCCUUUAUAUUGAUCAAAGCAGGUAUGGCAGCUCGGCAAGGUAAUGGUUUGGCAGGCCAUUUGUGAAUGUGGGAAAAUAUCUCGUCCAUUCAUCACAAAUGACACAAUGAAUGGCAAGCAGCUUGGCGCUCUAAGGUUGCAAAGGUGGAAAACUAUACUUCGGCCAUCUGCAACGCAACUACAGACAUGCGAAAAUCGGACAGUCAAGCAGCACUACUAGCACUUAAGUCCGUCAAAUGCGAUUCCAAACUUGUUUGGAACCCCCGAGCUGUUUCUGGAUACGUCCAUUUCCGCUAUCAAAAGCGAACUACAACUUGGGAAAGGCUAGAAAUAGUAUCCCAAUGGACACAGGCACAGGGUUGUAGACAAGCUAAACAGUUUAUCUAUCCGAACCUUGGAACCGCCAGAAAGCUACUUAGUCUAAAUCGUAGUGACCUACGGCUAAUCACGGGACUCCUUACCGGACACUGUCCCGCUUUUCACAUUUAAAGAAAAUCGGUGUAGUGUUGAACGACACCUGCCGAUUCUGCAAAUCUGAACCAGAGAGUUCAGAGCAUUUGCUUUGCUUUUGCUUCCUCUAGGUACAACUUCUUAGGAAGUUACCUUUUAACUCCAUACCAAGUGUGGAGUUCUAAUCCCAAACAGGUAAUUAGUUUCAUCAACUAUGUUGUACCUAAUUGGGGUACAGGUUUACAACAAAACAGCUCUACUCCAUCAAUGAGUACGAGCAAUCCGUAACCUGUGCUCAGCAAUCGGGGUCCGCCACAAAAGACAAUCAACAAGAAUGUCGCAGUGGCAUUUCAGUACCCAGUGCCCUUCAGGCAUACAUUAGUAAAAAAAGCAGGUAUAGAUUUGAAUAGUCUUUGAAUUUAUUUUUUUUUCCAAAACUUUUGAACCACAUAUCAAAUUGAUAUGAAGUUCGUUAUUUGUAAGUUUGAGAAAUGACUCGUUUGUAUGACACUAGUUAUGUUCAAAUAAGUCGUGUAACAAUUGAGAUAAUAGACUUUCGUUGUUUUACAAAUUAAAACAUAACGGUUGCUUAAGUUUGAUCACAAUCAAAUAAAAAGGUAUAGGGCAGCCAAACUUUGAAACCAACUGUUCAAUCAUAAUUCAUCAGUUAACCCUUAACUAGCCCGUUCAUCUGAUAUCAAUAUUGUUCAAAUCGGUUGUGUAGUUUCUAAAAUGAUGAAGUUUCGUGAUUUUCACAUUUCGAUACAUUACAAACGAAGUUACAGUCCGAUUACAGCAAAAUUCAAUAAGGUGUUAUGAGGCAGCUAGACCUUUCAUUUGACACUAAUUUUGUAGAAAUCGGGUCAUCCAUUUCUGAGAAAAGUGAGUGAGUUUAUGUAGUUUUCGGAAUAUGUUUCUUUUCAUAGCUGGAUUUCACAUUUUUAAAUAUAACAGGCAAAGUAAUAAUCCGUAAUAAUUUGCAAAAAAAUGAAUAGGGUCUUAUGGGGCAACAAGGCCUUCCAUAUGACACUGAUUUUAUAAAAAUCGGUCCAGCCAUCUCUGAGAAACAUGAGUGAGAUUAAAUAAUCUACAGAAAACGUUUCUUUCCAUAACUUCUGAACCACAAGUUCAAUCUUCAUAAAAUUAAAAAGUUAAGGGUUUUUUAGGUAGGCCAUUCAUUUGAAAUUAAUUUUGUUCAAAUCGGUUGUGUAGUUUCUAAGAUAUUGAUGUUUCGUAAUUUUUACAUUUUGAUACAUAACCUCUAAGUUAAAAAUCCGAUUACAAUAAAAUUCAAUAGAGUCUUAUGGGGCCACUAGACCUUUCAUUUGCAAUUAAUUUCAUUGAAAUCGGUCCAGCCAUCUCUGAGAAAAUCGAGUGAGAUUGGGAGAGCGUUACACACACACUCACAUGCACACACAUACACACACACACACCCAUAUACAGAAAAUGCACAGCUCGUCGAACUGAGUCGAAUGAUGUACGACAUUCGGCCAUUUUGAGCACUUUUAUACCUUUAGUUUUUGCAGUGAUUGUUAUACCUUUCUAGGAGAAAGGCAAAAACGCUUCGAAGGUAUCUUAUUUCAAUGUUGCAUACAAAGAUCCCCAAUUUUCAUUAAAUUUAUCAUAAAAAAUGCGUAAAAUGUUUCCAGGUGGGCCAAUAUAUGUAGGUGGGCCAAAAUACCCCCGUUACCAUAGUGUCAAGAACCCAAGAGUGUUUUUGUGGCCCCAUUUCCUACAAGCUACGGCUAAGGAAACAGCAGUAUGUUGUGUAGUAUUUUCUACAGUUGAAAUUUUCACACAGUUGAAAUUUUUACACAAGAAGAUUUGUGUUUAAUUAAAUGUCAGUUCAUCUGUUAUCUUUGCGAUUUUCUUAUUAAAAUUCUUUG